AUGUGGCUCUCCCCAUUAUCGCAAACCCAGAUCUCUCUCACACGCAUGGGAUCAUCAAGCAUGAAGGUGCACCAGUUCGCACGUGUGUUCUGGGACCACGAACCCUCCCUCUCCCUCGGAUGUAAGCGCCUCCGCCCUCUCGCCCCCAAGCUCGGCGGUGGCGAAACGGCUGCCAUCUCCCCCACCGCCCUCGACCUGAAGACAUUCAUUAGACCUGACAGUGUCCCCAGAACACCGGUGGCUCCAAGGAGAAGAGAGAAACCUCUCAGUACUUGCAUGAAGAUGAAACUUAUGCAGUGCAAAACCCUUAAAAAUAAAACUUCGGAAUUAAAGAUUCAGGAGCUAAAAAAUCAAACUACCCAUCACCCUUUGUACUACAAGGUAGAGACGCACCCCGGUGGGACAAGAUGGAACCCGACGCAAGAGCAAAUAAGGAUACUGGAGAUGCUAUACCGGGGAGGAAUGCGCACUCCGAAUGCACAGCAGAUAGAGGAAAUCACAGCCCAGCUCGGGAAAUAUGGGAGGAUUGAAGGGAAGAAUGUAUUCUACUGGUUCCAAAACCAUAAAGCUAGAGAAAGGCAAAAGCAGAAGCGCGACAGUCUGGGAUUCAGCCACUCCACUAGGACUCCAUCCUCCGCCCUUCCCUCAAAAUUGGACAUAAGGGUGUUGGUUGGGGAAGAAGACAGUCCAUACAAGAGGAAGUGCAGGACAUGGACGUUUGAAUGCUGGGGGGAGGAUAGUAGGUACUGUAAAGAGGAGGGAGACAGGACUCUGGAGCUUUUCCCAUUACAUCCGGAAGGCAGAUGA